AAUUCAGAAGACACUGUGUUAGAAAUGUUCACCCUCAGUUCUUCACCAUCAUAUCCCUGGCUCAGGAGCACAGUGGGAACGUGAUAAACUCUGAUUACUGGAUGAAUCAGUGGAUCGACCCAAGAAGCAGCGAGGAGCCCUCCGAGGUGUGCAAUCAAGGGGGAAGCUUAUCGAAUCUGUGUUCACAGAACCAGCUCUGAGCAAGCCGCAUGCAAGGGACCAUCCUCAUGAGCAGCUGGGGUAACAAGAUUUGUGGUGGCUGUGGGUUUUGUGUGCAGUGAAAACGUAGCUCUUGUCUCAUUGGGACCAUAUCUAGAUAACUGGAAACAUCAGAAACUGUCAAGGUAAUGACUUCUGUUUCCCCUUAUGGAAAGUAGGACGCUUGAAAGAGCCUGUAACUUGGGUCAGGGCCCCAAAUUCUCACUCCCAUCAGGAGUUUCCCUGCCAAGAAAGGCGUGGAAAGAAGAGCUGUGGAGCCCCCCCAGGCACGACCUGUGGAUAACUAGGAGCCAUCUCUGACGUCUCCCUCCAUUCUAGACCCUUCCAGGGCUAUAUAAACUCUCAGAGCCCGCUGCCGCUUCUCUUCCAGCUUAAAUAUGCAAAUAUUUCUUCCCGUCACAGAAGACUGGAAGUGAGCUUGGAGACAGCCCUUACAGCUCCCACCCAGCUCAAGCAAUGAGAUUACAGCGUCUUGGUUAGAGCCGGCUGGAGGCCCCAUCCCCAGUUGUGCAAACUCAUCAUCCCCAGCCGAUGCUGCCCUGACGGAGCAGGGCCAGGUCCCAGGGCUCCUGGAAGGUGCGAAGGUCUGGUCAAAGCAUCACCAGGCUACCUCGAGAGGGAAGGGCAGAUUCCCGCGGAGUCGUGCGCAUCAGGUCCUGCAGUGCAGACUUGCGCGAGUCUCUCUGGCACCGGCUCGCGAAGGAGCUAUGAGUUGGACUCAGGAUGCCGGCGGCCGGGGCGAGACGCGGGCGGGGCGCAGCGAGGCUGGGAGGGGCGAAUCUCGGUGCCAAGCCUCCAGGGCUCCUGGCCUCAGCUCUGGGCUCUAGGGGCGGGAAGGGGCGGAGCCAGGCGGGGAGGAGCAAAACCCGGAGGCCUCGGGCACCGCCGGCACAGUCAGCAGCGGGAGCCCCAGCCCCGGCGCAUGGCCUCGGGAGCUCCAGCCGUCCGGGCUGAGGCCAGUGCCAGCGUCGCCGGGGACGGAACCACGGACUCUGCAAUCCCAGGACUGCGCCAGCGGGGCCAGCGGGACCUGCCAUUGGCGUGCAAGGUUUGCACCAUGGAUCCUGCGGAGAAAAAGAUCUCGGUGUGGAUCUGUCAGGAGGAGAAGCUGGUGUCCGGCCUCUCGCGCCGCACCACUUGCUCGGACGUGGUGCGCGUGCUCCUGGAGGACGGCUGCCACCGGGGACGGAGACAGCGGCGGAGUCUGCGACGGGGCCCGGCCGGGGACCUGCCCGGCCAGGAGGAACUACCCGAACCCCCCGACGAAAACGAGGAGGAGGAGGACGAUGAGGCGCUGCCCCAGGGCAUGCUGUGUGGGCCCCCGCAGUGCUACUGCAUCGUGGAGAAGUGGCGCGGCUUUGAGCGUAUCCUGCCCAACAAGACGCGCAUCUUGCGCCUCCUGGCCGCCUGGGGCGACGAGCAGGAGAAUGUGCGCUUCGUGCUGGUGCGCUGCGAGGCGUCGUUGCCCAACGCAGGUCCGCGCAGCGCCGAGGCGCGGGUGGUGCUCAGCCGGGAGCGCCCCUGCUUGGCCCGCGGAGCCCCAAUCCGGCCCAGCCUGGCUAUGACCCAGGAGAAGCAGCGCCGGGUGGUGCGUAAAGCCUUUCGCAAGCUGGCGAAGCUUAAUCGGCGGCGCCAGCUGCAGCCACCAUCACCUUGUUCGUCCACGUCGUCGUCCACAGCCUCAUCCUACUCGCCGCCUCCGCGCGCUCCCGAGAGCGCAUCGGUGGAGCGCAUGGAGACGCUCGUGCACCUAGUGCUGUCGCAGGACCACACUAUCCGCCAGCAGGUGCAGCGGCUCCGGGAGCUGGACCGUGAGAUCGACCGCUAUGAGGCCAAGGUGCAUUUGGACCGCAUGCGGCGGCACGGGGUCAACUACGUGCAGGACACUUACUUGGUGGGAAUGGGCGUAGAACUGGAUGCGCCCACCCCGGGAGAAGAGCUGGAGAAGGAGGCGGCGGCGGUGGCGGCGUCUGCGCCCUUGGACGGCGAGGCGCAGACGGCCGCCCUGGAGGAGCUGGCGCGGCGCUGCGACGACCUGCUGCAGCUGCAGGAGCAGCGGGCCCAGCAGGAGGAGUUGCUGGAGCGCCUCUCCACAGAGAUCCAGGAGGAACUGAACCAGAGGUGGAUGGAGCGGCGCAAGGAGGAGCUGGCGGCAAGCGAGGAGUCACCGGAGCCUGGCUGCGGCCCGGACGGCGAGCUGCUGCUAGAGCAGGAGCGUGUGAAGACACAGCUCAGCACCAGCCUUUACAUCGGGCUACGGCUCAACACGGACUUGGAGGCUGUCAAGGCGGACUUGGAUUACAGCCAGCAGCAGUGGGACAGCAAGGAGCGCGAGUUGCAGGGUCUUCUCCAGACCCUGCACACUUUGGAACCCGCGGUGGGGCGGGAUGGGGCUCUAGGUCCCGGCGCACCCUCGCCGGAAGCCCGGCCUAAAGCCUGUGCCGAUGUGUGGGUGGACCAAGCCCGCGGACUGGCCAAGAGCUGCCCUGGCAACGACGAGGACUCGGACACGGGGCUGAGCUCCAUGCACAGCCAGGACUCGGACUCGGUGCCGGUGUGCGAAUCUCUCGUGUAGGACAAAGGCGCAGGUCGUUUUCUGGUUGGCAGCGUGCCUCCGGCGGGGGCGGGGUGGGGGGCUCAGGGACUUGAAUCAGGCUUCAGGAAGCCAGGAACUCCUUGGAGGCUGCUGCGCUCCCUUCUGAGAGCUGACCCGGGCUGUCCGAGAGGGCUGGGGCGCUUGGCCGGCAGCAGGCAGCAGCGGCCCGCUCGCUCCAGGGUGAGUGUGGGACGCGGAAGCUGGGCUCUGUUCCAAGUUCUUUAGGAUCCCCCACCAUCGGAAAACACACCCCUGGGAUUCUGACGUGGUCCACGCCCAUUUUCAAAAUAGAAAACAAAAAAGUAUUAUGGAGAUCUCACCACCCUUCUGUAUGGGAAGGACCGAUGGCAGCUAGAACUAUUAGUUGGUGGCAUAAAGUGCUCUUAAGAGAAACAUUUGGACGAAAAGGACAUUCCUUGAAUGUUAAUUGUGACUGUAAACGUGUAAAAACUAGCCAAAGAGGUCACACUGGUGUUGGUCCCAGCCUUAUUUUGGAUAAAACUCAUGGGCACCCAAAUCCUGGCUGUUUACAUUUCUGCAGGUUGGGGAAUUGCCCAUCUGCUGAAUUAUUUGCUUUUUACUUUCGUUCAAAGGCUAAACAGUAUCACAGUCUAACUCUGUAUUUCUGCCUAGCAAAUACAAUAUAUAUUAAAAUGGGAUCUUUUUUUCUAAAAUUACCUUUUAUUAUGUCAGAAGCCAAACAUAACUCGCUUGAGAUCUAAAAUCCUGGCAAACAUAAUCUCUGGUUAAAAUUUAAUCUGGGCCCUUUGGGGUCUGCUCUUUGGGAGGCAGGUGUGUCGUCAUUUAGUUGAUGUUGCUCCUUUGUUGAUUCAAUUGCUGUUAUUUCAGGAAAAGAAAAAAGAAAAGAAAGAAAAAGGAAGCUGCAAAACUCACUUUCCACACUAAAUUUUCGGUUUAAUGAGCACCCUGGUUUAAACUAAAACUCGAAAGCAAUGAUCUUUGCAUGGUCUUCAGCUUUUGAACGGAGCCCUGUAAUUAAAACUAACCAUGAACUCAACUCAUUCUACCCAAAUCCAAGUUUAACUUCAGUAUCUCCGGUCAUAGGUAUCAACAAUGGGGCGUGUGCAGUGCCAGCUUGGAGCAGGAGUUGCAACCGACCUAGCCGUCGAGAGGCCGGCUCCAGUUUCAACACUACAGGUGAAGAUAACUGAGAGACCUUGCUUUCUGGAGACGCAGGUCUCCUCUCUGCGUGUGCCACCAAGGGAGCCUGUGCUCCUGACCUCCUCCAGUCACUGGUUGCCAGCUGCGCAGUCUCCUUUUGAGGGACCCCACCUUGGCUGCCACCGCUGGCAUGGUAUAU